AUGUGGAAGGUCAAAGAUGAAUUCUAUGAGCUAAGGAAGGUUCUAGAGACAGCUUCAACCAAGGAUAAAACAGUAAUUCUGACAACUUUGAACGAGGCAUGGGCAGAACCAAACUCUUUAUUUGAUCUUUUCUUAAAGAGUUUUAGAACAGGAAAUAAUACAGCACCACUUUUAAAUCAUUUGGUGGUUAUAGCAGUUGAUGAAAAAGCGUAUUCACGAUGCCAAAAGUUGGUCACUCAUUGUUAUUUUCACAAGACUAAACAAUCUUCAAAAAUGGCUCAUGAAGCUACGUUUAUGAGCCCUAUCUAUAUGGACAUGAUGUGGGAAAGAUUGGCUUUUUUACAAACCAUUUUAAGCUUGGGCUACAACUUUGUUUUCACGGAUACCGAUGUUAUGUGGUUUCGAGAUCCAUUCCCACAGUUCACUCUCGAUUCAGACUUCCAAACCUCAUGUGAUUAUUUCAACGGCAAGGAAUUCGACAUGCAAAAUACCCCCAACAACGGAUUCCUGUUUGUAAGGUCCAACACUCGAACCAUCAAAUUCUACAAAUUCUGGGUUUCUUCAAGGAACACAUAUCCUGAUUUAAAUGAACAAGAUGUUUUCAAUCAAAUAAAAAAAGGUACCCACAUACAAGAACUUGGAAUGAAAUUAAGGUUCUUGAACACAAGUUAUUUUGGAGGAUUUUGUCAACCAAGCAAAAGUAUCAAUAGGGUUUGCACCAUGCAUGCUAAUUGUUGCACGGGGUUGGACAAGAAAAUAGCUGACCUUAAUACUACACUUGAAGUUUGGAAGACUCAUCUAUUGUCUUUAAGUCUUAAUAAGGCACCAAAACGUUUAGAUUGGAAGGUCCCAAAUCAAUGUCUUUUGGGACAAAUAUAAGUAUACAAAUGUUGACUCAUUGCUUGUUUUCACCCCUUUUCGUAAUGGUUUCGAAUAGGUUUACUUGAUUUAAUUUUUUGGGUCAUAUUUUUACUUCUUGAAUCUUACAAUUGUGAGUUUGUGACGAAAAGAUAGAUAAGUUGUACUCCGAUUGUUUGUUUUGUCAAGGAUUUAUAUGUCACCUAUUAGAUAUUAUAUUAUAAUUAAUAAUACUUUUUCUAUAUUGUAAUAUGUAGUUCUCUUGUAUUUUUUUCUUUUUUAAUUGUCUAA